AUCUAUCAGUGGAAUGUAAAAGAAAAAAGGAUCCAAAGAGACAGCUAACUCACAUGACAAUGCAAAUAUUUUAUUCCACUUUUGAAGGAACUGUCCUUGUGCUCUGUAGGUGACGGAUGCGAUAGAGAUGUUGGUACGUAUGUCACAUAGAGGCGCUUGUGGUUGUGAGACAAAUACUGGUGAUGGAGCUGGUAUUCUCGUAGCUCUUCCUCAUGACUUCUAUAAGGAGGUUGCUAAGGAUAUUGGUUUCGAGCUGGCACCACGUUGACAAUAUGCCGUGGGCAUGUUCUUCUUGCCUGCAUCUGAAAGUCGAAGGGAACAAAGCAAAAUUGUAUUUACAAAGGUGGCCGAGUCUCUUGGGCAUACUGUACUUGGGUGGCGCAUGGUCCCCACAGAUAACUCAGGAUUGGGCAAAUCUGCUUUGCAGAUAGAACCUGUUAUUGAGCAAGUGUUUUUUACACCUACGCCUCGGUCAAAAGCUGAUUUUGAGCAACAGAUGUAUAUAUUAAGGGGGGUUUCAAUGGUGGUAGCUAUUCGAGCUGCACUAAACCUCCAACAUGGUGGUGUGAGGGACUUCUACAUAUGUUCUCUUUCCUCAAGGACUGUUGUCUACAAGGGUCAGCUGAAGCCCAAUCAGUUGAAGGAGUACUACUAUGCAGAUCUUGGCACUGAAAGGUUUACAAGCUACAUGGCCCUGAUACACUCUAGGUUCUCAACUAACACAUUUCCGAGCUGGGAUCGUGCUCAGCCUAUGCGUGUCUUGGGCCAUAAUGGGGAAAUUAACACACUCCGGGGAAAUGUAAAUUGAAAUUUCCUGCAUUUUGAACGCAGAAAUUUAUAAAAAUAUAUAACGAUGACUGGAUGCAUUAGAAAGCAGAGGCACUGCACCCCGCAGAUGUAUGAUAACCUGACCAAACCUGGAAGCAAAGAUCAUUGGCAGAAGUAUGAUAACCUGACCUAACCUGGAAGCAAAUAUCAUUAAGUUACAUAAUUUGGAUUUUUGCUUGAGGGAUGCAGUCAAGACUCAUGUUGACAUUGGCCUGUACUGGGGUCCGGAAUGCAGAUUCUAGUGAUUUACCACUGAAUACCUGCAAUGAACCUUCUAGUACCUCCAGGAUCGCGUUCCCUAAAAACUAUGCUUCCCCUGAUGAAAUCCAUUGAUAACAAGGCUUUUGAGGAGGGAUGGAUGGUGCCACGGCCUCC